AUGAGCACUGUGUACAGUUAUGAAGUCACUGGAGAAGGAACAAAACAGAUUUCCAAUGAUAAAAUUGAAAUGUGUUGGGAGGAACAUUUCGAAAGUUGCGUUUGGUUUGAGUGCUGCAGUUUGGCCGAGAGCAGACACUGUAGGCGACGGGGCAGUCCUCCAUCUUCCGCGGAGAUCCAGCUCCUGCUGCUUAGAGCCCGAGUCAAGCCCGGGACCGGGAUCCGGGAUCCGGCCCGCAGCAACAGAAGUGCCCCCGCUGCCGGAGCUGCUUCCCCAGACCGCGGCCGAACCGAGCGGCGUUCACUUGCUCCCGUUCCCGGAUGGGAGAGGGAAGAUGACUGCAUUCGUAUUCCCUGGUGGCAAUUCAGGAAAGAGUUUGACAUUGGAAAUAUGGAAGUCAAACCCAAAGAUUACACAUUCCCCAAAGACAACUAUUCCAAUUCAGUGUUUCACUUAACAAGGGAACACCUUGAACUGCUGGUGAUUUGGUCGCAUUGUCAUGGUAACCAAUGCUCAUUUACUCCAACCUGGAGGGAGAUUGUUGAAGAACACCAAAAUGGAAUCCUGGCUAUUUUAUGGGCAUGUGAAGCUGGUCAUUCCUACCAUUGGUGGACUGGAGGCAUGUGUCAACUACCUUGUGAUCAAGAUAAAUCCAGAGCCCAGUUGCCUUUGAAAUCCAAGCAGUUCGAAGAUGUGUUAGUGUCAGCUGUUCAAAUAAGAAAGCCACAUAGAAUUAAGACUACUGAUGGAGAUUUAACAAAAGAAACUAAUUCAUUUGAUGGCUCUUGUAAGCCUUUUCUUCCUGCUGACAAUAAAACAGUCCGAAAUGGGGCAUCAGUUUCUCAAUUUCCUUCAACACACCAGUCGUGGAGAGAAACUGGAAUGCUUGAUAGUGACAAAGGGAAAUUAGGUGUUGAUGACACAAUGAGUGAAACAGUAGUUGGCAAGAAACCAGAUAUCCUCCAUAUAAAAACUGAAAAAGAAGAGACCUCAGAUUUUAAUGACCAAUGUGUAAUGAAAGCUGAAAACAGAAAUCAAAGUCGAGAAUUGAAAAAAUAUCACUUGGGUAAUAGCUCCUUAGUUGUAGGACAAUCAGCUGGACACAAUAUAUCUCCAAAUGAGACAUGCAGUGUAUCAAACGGCUACAGAAAACGGACAUCUGUUGAUGAUCAGUGCUCUGGUUCAUCAUUAAUGUCUCAUUAUAAUAAUGGCAAAGUUCACAUUGCAGAACUACACCACUCCCCCCAUCCUAUAUCCAGAGGGUCUUGCUUAACUGGAAGAUUGAUAGAGAAUACCAUGAAACCAUCGGAUAUGUCAACUGGAGAGUACUGCGUUGGGUCAGCCAAGCUAGCAAAUCAUGACCAAAAUGGAUCGAAUCUAGGACCACUUUUAGAUUCUGAAUGUGUCAGGCCCUUAACCCAUAAUCGUAUAAAUUCUGACAUUGAUGACCCUGAAUUACAGUGUGAUCCUUCAGAAUCAUCUGGGCAAGAGGGAGUUCUAGAAUUCUUGCACGCUAUUUUGAAAGCUGAUGUAGUGGAUGAAAUCUUCUCUAACGUUCGUUUAGCAAAUGAAUCUGAUGUCGAAGUUUUGACGGAGAAUCUUAGUGGAAAAGAAGAUUUGCUACUUGAUUCUGGAAUCCAAACUAAUGCAAGGUUGUAUUUUAGUGCUGGUGGAUGGGCCGCAGUUUCGGCAACACUUGAAAUAUUGGGAACAGCGCUGGAAAGGAGCAAAAGUGAGCAAGAUAUGGAAGACAGAAUAACAGAAGUUUCAGAUUCAGGACCAGAAUUAAUGAUUGUGAAUCCAUAUCCAUCUUGUAAUCUGCUUAAUGCAGCAGCAAUGGAUGAAGAACAAAUUGUUGUUGCCCAUGUACCCGCUUUGCUCCCCUCGGCAGAUGAUAAAAAGAGAAAAGUUAAAUAUCCUGUCACAAAGGGAGAGAUUAGAAGACGUAUUAUCCCUCCUGAGAAAAUGUCUAAAACAGUCAUUAAAAGCUACCUAAGGCUAAGGAGAGAUAACCGCUUUGACAUUCGCCAGCUUCUGGAUCUGCCUGUGACUGGUUAUGACCGGACUCUGCACACAUCAUUUACUCGACUCUGUGAGGGAGAGGCAAAAACACUGACUGAAAAUUUUCAUCAACUCAACCUUGGGUACUUUCCUGUCGAUGAAUGUGCCAGCACGAUAGCAGAACACGCUGCAGCUUCAGAAAUAUAUGCAGCAAGGCAAGUGGCAAAUCUCUGUAUUUAAUUGAGAACAACUCAAGGUAAUUAGCUAAUGUGAGUUCAAUGUUGGACCAUCACAAGAAGACCUGAGUAUGAAUCCCAAGCUUGGCUGACUUUUUAAUUCACUCAGGAGAAAGGUGAUUGAAGAUCUUGACACAAUCAUGGACAGUUUUAUGUGGCAGGAGCAUCCAUAUAAUUUAAUCACACAUGGAUUUGGUCCUCAGAACAUCAAGGUAGUUUUGGACUUGGUAAAACUGCUUCUGCGAGAAUCGCUACGGAAAUCCUCGUCCUGAUGCAGACAAAAUAAAAUCACUGGGAUUUGUAGGUUCUUUUUCAAAAAAAGCUAUGUAAUAGUGGAACUUAUUGUUUUUAGUCUGUUUACCUUGUUAAAUUUAUGUGUAACUAGCUUUGUAUGAAUAUUUCCAGAAAUGUUGUUUAUAAUAUAAGUAAUGUACAGUAGCCCCUCUCUAUCUGUAGGACUUCCAUGUACAAAUUGCACGAGAGUUGGGAAAUAGGCAUCUUAUGAGCUUUAUGUUGGAGAAUCUGUCAAGAUUAUGUAUAUAUUAGAGUUAUAGUGAGUGGCUACUGUACUUCAAAAUAAAACCUGCAUUUCAAGAAAAAUAA